UGCUGAAAAUCAAACAUGCUGUCUCCAGUGCAUACCAUCCCCAGACCAACGGACAGGUAAUAGUUGUCAAUGGCAUAACUGAAUUAAUGUAUUUAUGUAAUCUUGAGGGUGGAGGUUUUCCUGAUAAUAGAAAUUUAAUAGUUAAUGGGAAUCUUCCUAUGUGAUUAGUGCUCCACUAGAUACAGUCCCUACUUCCUCCUCUUUCAUCGACAUCCACGUCUGCCUGAGGUCAUGAAUGCCUGUCCCAUGGGAGAUGAUUUUGAAGUUGCUGACCCAGAAGAUGACAUUGACACCAGAGUCAAUAAGAUGAAACUUCUCAAUGAAACGGUUCUUGGCAACAUAGAGAGAGCACAGAAACAGCAACAGAAAUCAUUUCAAAAUCGCAAACGCAAAUUUGUGAAGGUAUGUUCCGUUCAGGCUGGAGAUGACGUUCUGAUCUCAGGGGACCCCAAGAAACGACGAACAGACACAUUUAAAAGUCGGCACCAAGGACCAUAUAAUGUGGCCAGCAUUUCUUCCAAAGGGGUGGCUACCAUUGUUAAAGGGUCAAGUGUCCAGAGGGUCAAUGUGUCAAGAUUGAGGACAUACUACAGAUCAAAAAAUAGACCAGCUGAGAGGAAGUUUCUCCAGGACCACUGUUACACCACUGCAACAUUUAAAAGGCAGAUAGAGCAUCCAUAUGCUUGUUCCGGUGCAAAGUGGGAGAAGGACUUGGGCCCUAUUCAAGAUGAACUGUUGAAGUAUGUGUUGGACAAAAAUAGGCCAUCACAAGAACUGAUCGUAAAGGAAGGCAAAAUUUGCCUCACACGAGAAGACUUCUGGAGCCUGGGUUUAAACCAGUGCAUGGAAUCUAAUAUUGGAAAUGCUUGCCUCAAGAUUGUGGAAGAAGCUGCACGAAGACAUGGAAAAAAUGUUCACAUUGUGGACCUCUAUGUUGUUCCCACCUGGAAAGACAAAGAUGUGGACCCAGUGCAUUGUUUGCCUACACAUUGCAGCCUUCAUUGCCCCGGGAUCCUGGACGGAAAAAACGGGAAGAGACCUUGGGUUUUUUCCUCAACAGCGUUCAGGGAUUUCCUGUGCUGUCUACAUGCUGAUGUAUGCUCUCAGUACCUGUACCUCGUGCCCAUUAACAUUCACUGAGAAGGAGGUGCCAAUGAUUCGUCAGUGGUGGUGCCUUCAGCUGAUGGAGAGGUUUUGCCUAGAAGGGUAUGACAGACUCUACAGAUAAAAUUUCAAUAUAUUUGCUGUAUUUAAUCUAGGACUGGACCUGAAUAUUCGAUUAUUAGCGAAUGUUUAGCCUCCUCCCUCCACAGCUUUGAAUAUUCUGUGUUGAUUGCUACCGAAUGCUUCAAAGCUCAAAAAAUGGUAUUCAGACCAGCCCUAAUUUAGUCACUGUUAGCAAAGUGAUACUAGAAAGGUGUUAUACAAAUAGAGUGCAUAUACAUUUUCAUUUUUU